CAAACAAAAUGAUCAAGACUUCUUUGGUGGCUCUUGCCCUGGUGGGCGCUGCUCUUGCCUACGAGCACCACGGCUACAUCAACGAGGUGAAGCACAUCCCGUACAAGUAUUACGGCGGUUUGGAGGGAGGUAUUGGCGGUGGAAUCUCCGGUGGAUUCGGAGGCAGUCAGGGUGGCUUCAAGGAGGAAAGCGGUCUGGACUACUACAGCUAUCCGAAGUACAAGUUCGAGUACGGCGUGAAGGACAUCCACACCGGGGACCACAAGAGCCAGUGGGAGAUGCGCGAUGGAGAUGUGGUCAAGGGCGAGUACACGCUGGACGAAGCCGAUGGAACCAAGCGUGUCGUGGAGUACUACGCCGACAGCAAGAAUGGGUUCGAGGCCAAGGUUAAGAACAUCGGACAUGCCAGCCAGGGUGGCAUCGGAGGAGGAAUGGAGGGUGGAAUCGGCGGUGGAUACGGCCAUGGAUAUAGCUACAGCAAGCUGAAGAAGUACAACUAA